AUGACUCGACCAUCGGCCCCUCCAGCCCGCAGAAAUGGAACCGGUAUCCUCUUCGCGCUCAUCUUCGCCAUCCUCUCAGUUUGCGCGGUUUAUGCACUCCGAAUCGCGUCGGUACAGUCAGGAAUUGCGGAUAAAAUGGAGCGGAUCACCACAACUCACCGAUUUCUUGAACAUCCCCUGUCUCUUCGGACGACUUACACAGGCAUCGCGCCCGUCGACCAAGGUCUGACCUUUCUUGUUACGGCCUUCAUGAACGCGGCCUCUGGCUGGGAUGCGGGCUUCUUCGUGUUCCUGGGGUACUUUUUGGUGUCCUUCUUCGCAAUUCUAACAGUCUGGGCGGUCGAGAGCUGCAGAGAAAGGAACGGGCGGGCCUUGACGAGAUUUACUUAUAUCUACGCCCUCUUGUAUCAGACUGUCGGCGGAGCCGUCAUCGUGCCCAUCUACUAUCUUGUAUACCUCUAUGACACAUCUAGCAACUCAUACUGGUCGAAGCCUCGAAAUAUUCCACUUCCAUAUGCGAAAGCACUCCUCCCGGCACUGAUCAUCGGCUACCUCAUCCCUACCGGCUUGAUAUUCCUUCCCUACUCUGCCCCGGACAUGUGGACUACCCAGGCGGCGGUUGCCUUCUGGCAACCCUCGCCUUGGUACGUCGACAUACUCAUCUGGGUGUUUGCGAAACUCUACUCUGGCAGGAGCAGCACCAAGAGCAGUCCCUCGAACCGCAACAGCGACAUCCUUCAUCUCAACCGUAUCUACCUCACGUCCUUUCUAGUGACCGGCAUGUUACACCUCUUUAUAAUCUACUUGAUCCUCUUCUCGCCGAACUCCGAGCAUAGCUUCAGCCAUAUGUUCCUGGACCCAUUUUCUUACUCGUCGACCCAAAUGUCCAUGGUCCAGGGCAUGCACGGGAUCUUCCUGGCCGAUUUCUGGAUCAUCUUCGCCAGCUCACUGCUCUGGGCGUACCUUGCGCUCUGGGACUUGAAGAGGGUCAAACUGGCGGACGUCAAUCUGUGGUCGGUCGGAAUCCUACUUGCGAUAGGCACAGUUGCCGUGGGACCUGGCGCUGUAGUGACGGGUGUCUGGUAUUGGAGAGAGAAACAGCUAACUGGCCAGGAGAAGGAGAAGGAGAAGGAGAAGGCGAGGUGA